AUGGCGUCAAAUCGUGACGAAUCAUUGGCCUUGCGCCAUAAUGUUGAGCGGGAUUUGGAGCGGUCAAGAAAGAAUACUUCAAAGGAGGACAAUCGCGAAUUUUGUUUAGCAACGAAGCAACAAACGAAUCGCGAUAACCUCGAGCCUGAUAUUGUUGAAUCUGGAGAGCCACUUUCAAUGGAGGACAACUGCAGAGCCGAUCACGAUCAUUCCGAUCCCACCAUAACUAUCUCAUCUACCAGUAAAUUGGCAGGUCAAACCGUUGCGCCAUUCCUUGCAAAACAUAUCCCAGAACAGUACGCACCCCUUGGACCCCCACAAACCACUUCAACUUCACGAAAGGAUCCAAAUACAAAAUAUUGUUAUCGACAUCGACCUGAUUCAAAAUGUCGAAGGACCGCCGAUGAACCUACAAUGGAGAAUUUACAAAGGGAACUCGAAAGUUUGUCGCAAUCAGAUCAACAAGGAAUAUCUCAUGUUUGGACACUUUUCUCUGCUGCACCCUCGAAACAUCGAAACCUUAUGCUUCAAGGCAUCCUAUCACAAUGCUGUUUCCCACAACUAUCCUACCUCUCCUGUGCGGUCAAGAAUCUCAUUCGAAUCGACUUCAUCACCGCUUUACCUUCCGAAAUCUCCUUCAAAAUCCUUUGUUAUCUCGAUACAACUUCCUUAUGCAAAGCUGCUCAAGUUAGUAGGCAAUGGCGAAUCAUGGCGGACGAUGAUGUAGUGUGGCAUAAAAUGUGUGAACAACAUAUUGAUAGGAAAUGUACAAAGUGUGGAUGGGGUUUACCACUAUUGGAACGGAAACGAUUGAGGGACUGGAAACGGCAACAACAAUUGAGAGCUACAGGUCUUGGUCUUAAUGACCGCUUACCUCAAACCACAUCCAUGCCAGAUGCUUCGCGCAAUACAGAAAGAAGCGUUGUGACAUUAAAUGCUUCGGGAAAGAGAUGUGCUACUGAGUUAGAGUGUUCAGAGGAAGGUUCGAAGCGACAGCGUACCAAUCCGGAGGAUUUAUAUCUUGGAAGACCAAAGUUUAGACCAUGGAAGGAUGUGUACAAAGAUAGGUUCAAGGUGGGAACGAAUUGGAAAUAUGGCCGAUGCUCGCUGAGGAUAUUUCGGGGCCAUCGUAAUGGCGUUACUUGUUUACAAUUCGAUGAUAACAUCCUCGCUACGGGAUCAUAUGAUGCCACCAUCAAAAUUUGGGAUAUCGAAACGGGAGAAUGUUUACGAACUUUGCGAGGUCACACAUCUGGAAUUCGAACUUUACAAUUUGACGAUACCAAACUAAUCAGUGGAAGUCUCGAUAAAAGUAUUCGAGUUUGGAAUUGGCGUACUGGAGAGUGUAUGUCUUCUUAUCCAGGACAUACUGAUGGAGUUGUUGGCCUUCACUUUGAAGGAAAUAUUCUUGCCUCAGGCUCUAUUGAUCGAACCGUUAAAGUCUGGAACUUUGAAGAUAAAUCUACAUUCGGUUUACGGGGUCACAAAGAUUGGGUCAAUGCCGUCAAGGUCGACUCUGCUUCAAGGACUCUGUUUUCUGCUUCUGACGAUUGCACCAUUCGCCUCUGGGAUCUUGAUACUCGUCGUACGAUUCAGACCUUCGAAGGUCAUGUGGGUCCAGUUCAACAAGUCACUAUUCUUCCAGCAGAGUACGAAUUUGAUGAUGUAGAUGUUGAAGAAGCAGAUGAUGGAACAUCAAGUAUAGCAUCAUCAACUGAACUCAAUCGUCCCAUAGGAGAAAGUUGUUCUUCCUCCCAAACCUCCCCUCUCUUCGACUCCUGGCCAGCAGGUCGUCCUCGUCCACCCCGCUACAUUCUUACGGGCGCUCUAGAUAACAAUCUUCGUCUCUGGGAUGUAUCAACUGGUCGUUGUCUCAAAACUCUUUUUGGUCAUGUGGAAGGUGUAUGGGCUCUUGCAGGUGAUACAUUGAGGGUUGUGAGUGGUGCCCAAGAUAUGAUGACGAAAGUAUGGGAUGCUAGGACAGGAAAGUGUGAUAGGACGUUCACGGGUCAUAGAGGACCGGUCACGUGCAUUGGUUUGAGUGAUAGUAGAAUGUGCACUGGAAGUGAGGAUUGUGAGGUUAGACUUUACAGUUUCAAGGGGGAUAUGGAAGAGACGGUCGAUACGGGAUUUAUUGAGGAAGUUGCACAGUGA